UAUUUUUUUCUUAGUUUAUUGAAAUUGAUUUUUUCUACAACUUGAUACUUCUAUGGCUUGAAUAGGAAAGACACGGGUGUGUGGAGAAGCUAUUCCGCGCCUGUCCAACAAAAAUCCCUCGACACUUUGGACGGGUAUUCUGACGGACCUAACGGUUUUAAUCCUGGUCACCGGAAAUCAUAGCUGGAUAUCAGUCCUAUUUUUAAGAGGGUGCCAAAUACUUACGCAGGAUGCAUUUCCUCGUCGUUUUGUUUUUACAAGCCAGCAAUAGAUUGGGUGUGGAUGACUUAACAAUUACCCACGAUAUGAGAUUUGUUAUCAAAAUGAUGCGUCACUAUUGUCACGAAAUUAGGUACAGGCGAAAUCACUCGGACAUCUACGAAUUUUCAGAACCUUUAAUUUUGAGAGUGCUGGUGCGUACCAAACAUUCGCUGCUGCGGGAAAACAAAUUUCAGAUAACGUCGCUUGGUGGUCACCGCAGGAGUGCUGGAACUGCCCUCAUCCAGGGAAAGGCAAGAAAGUUGUCCAAAAGCGUGGUCAUUUCAAGAGUCGGCAAUCACAAGAAUCAGAGCAAAGGUACAAGGAGAUUGAGCUACGUCCCAGGGGAGCGUUGGCUACUUUAUUUUGAAGGAUGGUGCGCUUGCCAGAUUUCACCCCUCUCGGCAAAACAAAACAGAGAUUGAAUCAUAGCUACGUUGACCUGCAUGGACUAAGCCGCAAAAACACAGUUUUUGACAAACUAAAGCGACGAUUUUCUCAGUCCGAGAGAGACAUUUCAAGCUUAGGGAUAGAUCUUACACAAGAUCUAAACAACGGAAUGUCAGAAGCAUGCGAAGGAAACAGUUUAAUAGUGUACAACAUGAUGACAACGACUAGCGACUGUCUUGAGCCCAACUUUGAUAGCGAUAGCGGUGCAACAGACUCAAUGUUGCCCCAACGUCGAUCAUCAACAACUUUUGACGGGUUUUCUGACAUAAUUGACAUAAUUCAAGGAAAAGGUUUGACGAUGGAUUCAAAGCAGUCAAAUGAAAAUGGACAUAUGCAGGAAGAAGAUGAGUGCUUUGACAAUCAAGGAUUUGGUUGCAACGAGGUUGUAAUCGCUAAUAAAUCACUUGAGGAUCAAAAGUGCGCUUAUGGGAUUUCACUUGAGAGGGAAGAAUUAACGUAUAGCGCACCAAAUAUUGACAUUGCAAGGAAAUAUACAAAUUAUAAGGAGAGCAAUGGAGAUGGUAUUACAAAAUCCAAUAAGGGUAUUAUGUGCAGCAACGGGGCUUGCGCAAAUCCAGUAUGGGAAGAUGGUGCUUGCGAUAACACUAGUGUCAAAACCCCAUGUCUUGCGGACAUGCAGGGUGACACUAACACGCAUAAUGGUGCAGAAUUCGUAGAAAUCAAAACAAGUAACAGUGGAUUUCAUAAUGGAAUGCCUAAGCCAGAGAAUCAACUAGAUAAGCAAAACGACUUUCAGCAAGAAGUAGGCCCUAGCUCGCGUGCUGCUUUGAAGUUCUCAACAACGGCCUGUAAUGACAACGAGAAAGGGCAAAGUAUUGCUUCUAAAAUGUCGGCCGCAGAUUACAACAUAGUCGAUAAGAGUUUGGAAAUGAGUGGCUUGAAGACAAAGUGUACAAAAGGGAAUUUAUGUGAGGAUUAUCAGCAAGCAGGUGACCUAAAAACAACUCGCCUUAGCAAGAUUACGGGCCGUUUUGAUCAGAAGAAAUCCUGUUUAAAAACUGGCAAGGAUUUGGAGAGAUCAACUGAGUUUGAUAGCAUUGAAAAAGAAGCAGACAAAUCAAGUAAAGCGAACUUGUCGAAGCACAACACUGAAGCUACUAUAAUAUGUGAAACGAGCAGCCAUGACAACACGAGCACAGAAUACAAGUCUAGAGAUGGAGCAGAUGGUUUUCUGUCUAUGAGCAAAUCUGAAAAGGAGAUGGAUUCGCCUGAAAGCCUCAUUAGCCGAAAAACAUUUAUUCAUUCAACCAAAGAAUUGCCUUUUUACGAAACGGACAAAAGUAUGUCAUGUACUCAAAAUUCCUGCGACGAGAGAACACCCCGGUGUGCAUCCGAGGCAGUAAAAGCUUUGUUUGUCCCAGAAUGUGAGCUCAAAAAAGCAAGCGACAGGUCAACCAGCAGAAAAUCUAGUUGUCGAGAAAGGUCCUUGUCAGACGAAAAUAUCUUGAAUCACAAAAGCAAGUCCACUGGCCGUACAAGACGUCUUUUCUCUGCGCCAGAUUUACUUCGUAUCGAUAGCAAGGACAAAUCAUAUCUUGAGAAGAUUUUUAGUGAGAGAGGCUCAAGAGCGAGGUCUAUGUCAUUGAAAAGUGCAAUGAAAAGACGAACUUCAGAACCUUCAGCGAACAACUUAAGGGUCAGGUUUGAUUUAAGCGGAUCAAAAGAACAGGAGCGUCAAAGUGCAAGCAAGCAGGGCACAGAUGCAAGUCCCUGCUCGGAGCCGAAGAAAAACUGGCGAUAUGUCAUCAAGAAAUUUAGGAUCAAGCAACCACUUGCCGAUAUGGGACUAAUUAGAGGUACAGGUGUGAGUGAGAAGAACCCAGGGAAUGACGGAGAAAGGACUGGCUGCUCCGAGAAAAACGGAAAAAGACACAAUGAUGUUGCAUCAAGGCCAGAAAUCUCAUUGGAGUCAGUGAAAGAGUUCAAUUUGGUACUGCCUUUUGCAACCCAGAGGACAAUUGUUGAAGAAAAAGCAAGCGAGAAGGCUGCAGAAAGUGACUUUGAAAAAUCUGCCCAUUCCCGGAGUGGAAAUCCUCUUGUAUCAAAACUCGAUGAUAAAAGAGAGACAGAUGGCAGUUCAACUCCUCUUCUCCACGUUGCAGCCUCGGAUGGAAACGUUGAAUUAUUGAAGAGACUAAUCGAAGUAGGAGUGGAUCUAAACACUAAAGACAGCGAGGGCUGGCCUGCGUUGCAUUACGCAAUAUUGAAGGGUCAUUUCCAGUGCGCCGCAUUGCUGUUGGACAGCGGUGUCGAUGUCAACUGCUAUACUGACGAUAUCAUCAAAGAUUACUGCAAAGCAAUUCGACAGGUUAUCAUGUAUAAGCAAUUGCUCGAAAAUAAGAGCCAAUGAAGUUUGACAUCCCCUAAUCAUGCAAUCAGAAUAUAAAGUCACUUCAAUCUAGCGGGCGUUCUUCUUCAUUUGGGUACUGGCUGGGUCCUUGUCGAAUUUACUACUAAUCAGCAUUGGAGGAAUUGUUAAAAAGACCCCAAUGCAUUUCUAUAACCUUUUAGUAUAGGAAAAGAAUAGCAAAUUUUCCUGCAAGGAGAUUUUGCUGUAUUCUCACGGCUAACGUAUACUGGGUUUGCUUAUAAGCCAGAGAGAAAGAUGCAGCGUUUUCUCCGUAGAGACUUUCUUUCCAUAAGACAUUAAAAUGUUGGAUCACUGACGUAUCAAAAACGGUGGCAAUAGAUUUUUGCACCAUCAUCGUCUCAUUCUCUUACGGAAAAUCUAGAAUUUGAUAUUCUUUGUGUUUGUAGAAUCAUUUUAUCAAGAUGCACACCAUUGUGUUUUGUGUUAGCUUUGACUCAUGUGGAGAUAUCUCCAUUUUAUUAUCUUAACAUGUUUAAAGUUUGUAAAUAUUUUGUUGACAAAUUGAGUAUGGGCAGAUCCGUAAGAUUUUAAUUAAUAUAUUGCAAUGAAAAUGCAUUGAUUGUUAAUAGACAAACAAUCACGAUAUUAUAAUAAAAGGCUAUUGUUUAAUGGUUAUAAACAUAUAUAAGUGACGAUAACUGACCUGUCAAAAUAAAGAAAACUAGUGCGUUUAACAAGACUUUACCGGAGAAAUUAUGAGCUUUGGUGCUGGGUUUUAGUUGCAAGAAGACCUUAUUCCAAAGGCAAUUGGCCAACCCUUUAUUCUGAAGACCUUUCCUUUUAUAUGAUAAUCUUGAGGCCCUUCUCUUGAGAGAUCAUCUUCAAAUAUUACAUUGAUCCCCAUUAAAAAUACUCAUGUUUUCGUGUUUCCUCUAAAAACCCUAGCCUAUAAGGAAAGUUUGCACGCAGGCUACAGCUUCUCUUGUUCUCCAUAACCCCUGGGAGGGCCUCGGUCUUAUUCGAAUAUAUUCUCGCUUAUUUAAGUACGGUCAUUGGCGUGCUUGCCAAGGAAAAAUCUCAAUGUUUAAAUAAUGCUUCGUUAAGUCUAACAUCUCCACAAGGGAUAUGUGUCGUUUUAUUUGCCAAUAACAUUAGUGCAAACAAUUUUAAAAUAGAAAGACAAGUUCUGUUUUCCAAUAGUCAUGUUAGAAAAAACUGUAACACUUAUCUUAAAUGCAAAAAGCUUAUCAAAUCAAAUCAAAUCAUUAUGAAUCUAUCAUUGAAUCGUUUCUUUUCAAAGUUCUGUCGGAAGACCGUGAGCGGCUAGGCGAGGUCGAGGUCCUGAAGCCAGAAGACGAAAUUCUUCAUCAUCGCCUCUCGAAAUUCUUCUUCAAUUAACCUAAUUCUUCAUCGCCUAUUCUUCAUCGAGGCUCGCUGUGCAUGCGCUCAUGACGUUCUGACUAGAGAUUUAUUCCUAUUGGCUCAAAUCGGAGUUCACUGAGUCUCCUCCAAUUAGGAUUUUUCAGAUAUGAGUUCGUGAAUUUUUCAAAAUGAGAUAAUUUUUGCUCUCUAAAAUGUGCGUCAUAAACGGAGAGGAAGCUUUUCAAAUGGUGCUGGUACGGAAAUAAGAGGUUUAAUUAAUUACAGUUUGAGAGUGGGGAUUAAAGGCAAUCUGUCACGACGUUGAUUGAUUAUAAGAACAAAGGGAUUUUUUAUUGUUUCCAGUCCCCCUUUAUUUUAUCGCAUUGUAAAAACUAUGGCGGAGCGCUGAAAUCGUGUUUAGACUAUUGUUCCAGCUAUUUUUCUCGUUAACCAAUCCACAACGAGACAAAUUGCCGUUAAUGUUCAAGCCAAAUACAAUAUUAUUUAAUCUUGUGUUUUCCUGAAACUAAGCUCCUCCUCCCUAGACAACCGAAGCUGCUAAAAGUAGUUUUUUAGUGUAACUACAGCAUUCAAGUUGGGAAACAUUUCCUGUAUAGCUAAACAUUUUCUAAAAUUUUUGAAUGAUUAAAGCCAAGGUAUUAGCAAAGUAAAGUAACAAUUCCAAAGAAAAGGUAAAUGUAGUGAACGAGAGCCUAGACUGUGGUUUUCAUGCAGUAAAGCGUUUCUAAUUAGGUCAAUGUCUCAAGAAACAUUUUUCGCAUAUUCUCGAACACGUCUCUAGGAUACAUAAAUUCGUUCUUACAAGCAAGCCCUAUAGAAAAGACAUAGCAAUAAAAAGUUUCAAGAUUAUUGGGACACUUUUAUAAUGUCGAAGACUUUCUAUGCAGUGAAAUUUUUAAGAUUUUCCAAUCCUUUCUCAUUGAAAAAGAAAGAUACGUAUUUAUAGGGCUGUAAAUCUUUUUUUACAUUUUACAAGAACAAGAUUACAAAGACGAUGCCAAUGGGAGCAUGACAGGCAUGGCUACCCAUUGACCUUAACAAAAAACAAUACAGAAGCACCAAAGGCUAUACCAAAAUCCUGUUUAGUCCGUGCGGAUAGCUGGUUCGAUCAAAAGACAAAGAGGCUACAACUUGAAAAGAAGACAAAAUUUGGACAAGAUUUUGGUGUGGUCUUUAGUGCUGUUUCUACAUUACUAUUGCAGAUUGAAUAUGACUGGAGAAGGUAAGUCGGUUGUCAAACACGACCCCUAGAUGUUUAUGUUCGUCAGCCUUCAUGACAGUUUCAUCGUUAAAGAAUAUAGGCGGUUGAUCAAUGAUAAUCUUUUUUCUAGAAAAUUUCACUUCAACUGCUUGCUUCGCCGGGUCAGGAUUGAACGACAUCCUCUAGUCAUGUGCACAACAUUUGAUACGAUCUAUGUCAUGAUUCAGAUCUUCAUUUGGGUUGUGAGCAACUGAAAGAAUCGAUGUGUCAUCGGCAAAUAACUUAAAAUUGCAUUUGAGAUCUGUUGAGAUCAUUGAUGUAGACAAGGAAGAAAAGGGGACCUAAAAUCGACCCCUGUGGAACUCCAGUACUAAUUUUGCGCCAUUGUGAUGCUUUGCCAUUCAAGACAGUACGCUGCAUGCGGUCUUUCAAAAAACUGCGAAUCAGUGAUAAAAACUGCCCAGGGACACCAUUUUGCUGUAAUUUGUAGAUCAAUCCAUCAUGCCAAACUCUAUCGAAAGCUUUCGAAAUGUCUAAAAAAACCGACCGUACAUCUAGAGGAGGGCUGCAGCCCAUCAAAUGCAACAGAGAUAGAGCGAACAAUUGAGAUCAACUGGUUGAUAGUGGAGUCUCCAGGGCGAAAUCCAGAUUGGUUUAGAUUCAGCAGUUCAUGAAAGGAAAGGUGCUCGUACAAAGAAUCAAACAUUAACUUAUCUAAUUCUUUGCCAAUAAUAAGAAGGAGGGAAAUGGGACGAUAGUUUUGCUUGAGGUUCUUUUUGUUCUUUCUGUGAACAUGAACGACAUUGGCUCUUUUCCAAAACGCGUUCUUUCAAGUAUGCUUUGAAUGUUCACUUUAGAGGAAAGACUAGGCUGUCGUCGCAAAUUCUAAUAAUCCCAACAGAUAUGUCAUCCCAUCCAUGUGCCAUAUUUGGGUUUAAGGAACGUAUAAUAUUGAGUAUUUUCUCCUCUGAGACGCAGAAAUCUGUCAAUGAAGGUGCUUUGGAUAAAAUCU